AUGGUGUCAGACAUGCAUCAGGGCAACCGAGAGCACGGAGAACUCGUGCUCUUCACAUGCCAGCGAUACGAGUUGUCAUGGUUGUUUGGAUAG